GCCUCCGCCGUCCCCCCAAGCAGUCGUCGGAGCGGCGCACACGCCUCCCCGCUACGCCAAGUAUAAAAGACUUUGUACAAACCAGCCGCGCGCUAUAUUACAACAGUGACUCUGUGAUUUUUCCCGCCGUAUUUAUUUAAUUCAUCAAUUAAGAUGCAGACGUGGGUACUGGUGGCGUGCGUGGCCGCACUGGCGACGCUCGCGGCUGCGCAGAAGCCGGGCCGCUUCCUCUCACUGCCAGUGCCGCAGAAAUGCGCUAACAGACCAAAGGAAUUCUUCUACAAAGGGCACCACUACUUCUUCAGCGGACACAUCCCGGCUCUGGCCAACAGGAAAGUAGACUGGUUGGACGGUCGCAAUAUUUGCCGGGAGUACUGCAUGGAUCUCGUCUCCAUGGAGACGCAGGAAGAAAAUAAUCUCAUCUUCAAGCUCAUCCAACAGAAUGACGUGCCCUACAUCUGGACUUCUGGACGUCUCUGUGACUUCAAGGGCUGCGAGUCGCGAAGGGACCUCGAACCCAAGAACAUCUUCGGAUGGUUCUGGUCCGCCAACCGGGAAAAGAUCUCGCCUACCAACCAGAUCCCCAACGGCUGGGGCUACAACCCAUGGUCUCAGACUGGCCACAAGAAGCAACGCCAGCCUGAUAACGCUGAGUUCGACAUCAACGGUACGACAGAGUCCUGUCUGUCCAUCCUGAACAACGUUUACAACGACGGCAUCGCGUGGCACGACGUCGCCUGCUACCACGAAAAACCCAUCGUCUGCGAAGACAACGAGGAACUCCUCAAUUAUGUGGCCAGCACCAACCCCGGCCUCCGUCUGUGAUGCGUUUAGUUACAUUACUCAAAAACUUUACAGUGACAGUUCUUUCGCGUCGUUUUGUUCAAAAGUUCUAUCCCAAAAAAGAAAAGUAGUAUGUAAUGGUUUUCUAGUUUGAUUAUAAUAGUGUGAAAAUUGGUAAGAAUGCAACCAACGAUAUCCUAAAUUCCUGGUUUCAUAAUUUAAAAUUUCGAAAACUUGCCAUAUGCAUCGGAUCUCUCCUGCACUGCCCGUAUUCCGACGUACAAAAUUGUACAGAAUAGUAAUUAAGUAUUAUAUAAGUUAAUUAGGUUUAAUUACCUAAGGGAUUUUUAUUUGUAUAUAAAUAAAAAAAUACCAAGAAAAAGUA